CAUCUUGGAAAAAGAAGUGUUUUGAGUGCGGGCAUUUUAACAGGCUACCUAAGAAAACAGCAGUCAGGACCCCGCCCACACCCGGGGGGGGGGGGAGAUGUGCUCCAUCAGCAGAGCGCGUGAAACAUCUGGGAUCGGAACAGCUGUAAUUCACAUGUAAACACUUUGUCUGUGUUUGAUAUCAUUGAUUUAUUAAUAAAGUUUUUCACCUGGAGGAUGCAGAUGUGUUUGGGUUUGACUUGUAGUGAAGUGCACAUCUUCUCAUUUAGCUCUUUUUAAAAGAUUCAAUUAGAAUCUGGAUUAGAAACAGUUUUUACUCAUGGGACUGGUUUGUUUACAAUGGGGACUACACACAACUGAAGCAGUAUAUGACAGGGGUGUAUUUUUAUCUUUAUAAUAACAAUUUUUGUUUUAAAAUUCUUAUAGUGUAAUGAAUAGGUGAUUAAAGUCCUGCCAAUUUUAGUGGUUCAGUAUCUUGUCAAGGACACUUCGGCAUGCAGAUGAAGAAGUGUGGGGAAUGAACCCCGAACCUUCUUGUUGAAGAACAACCACUCUAACCACUAGGCCACACAGCCUGUUCAUUCCCAUUAUAAACUAAGCACAUUUAGAAGAUGGACAAAUUAUUGUGUAAGUGUGUCUGUGUCAUUCUAUGCUGCUUUUGAUACACAUUUCAGAGAAAACCAUUGUAUUUUUUACUUUACUACAUAUAUUUGACAGCCUUACUUAAAAGUUACCUUUAUAUUUUUGGAUUUCAGAUACUAUUGACCCUUAUUUAUGUAGGUUUCUCGUCCAUUUGUGGGUUGUUUGCUCUCUUUCUCCUUGUUUGUAAUGUACAUUGCCUUUUGAAUAAAUAAAAGUAAUAUAAUAUGAUAUAAUGAAUAAAUAUCUGAAGCAGAAAAUGGAAAUACUCAAGAAAAGUACACCUCAGAAAUUGUUGUGCACAAUAUUUGAGGUUGUGUACUUGGUUAAUUUUCAAUACAGACCAAUCAAGAUUUAUAAUUUGCAAAUAUACCUGCAAAUGUGACGUAUUGUAUAUUACGAUAAUCCCCAAAAUAUGCUCUGAUAUCCAAGAAAAGGAGCAAUACUGUGUUUAAAUGCAACUCAAAAUACUUUACGUCAGUACCAGUAUUGCAGAUGAAUAUACACGAUGUACACAUUCAUUAAACAGCUUUGAGUUUCAAUAAUAUUAUAGUAAUAUAAUUGUUUUUAAACAAAAGUAGUGAACAAAUGCCAGCCUCUCAAUGAAUGCAUUGCAGGCUUGUAUUUGAUAUGACUUAAUUGAUUUUAUCCGGAUAUAAUAAACUGAUAAUUUGGUCGAAUCUGUGGUGAAAGCAUAUUUAUCCAGGCUUUAAUUCUGAAUGUUCACCGGAAGUCCUGAAUCUGGUCCCUGGAGCAUUAAUUAUCGAUGAGCCCCGCGCACGCGCACCAGCACUAACCUACAUAAAGCAACCCGCAUCCUUUUGAGUGAGAGCAUCAUCGUCUGAUUGGAGGUUCUCGACCGUCGGAGCAGAACCAUGACGUCCAGAUGUUCCCUGCAGACAGCGGUGCUCCUGAUGAUGCUGCAGCUCGUCUGUGUCCCUGCAGCCGCGGAGGAGUCCGGCACCGUCAUCCCGGCAGAGAGUCGUCCGUGUGUGGACUGUCAUGCCUUUGAGUUCAUGCAGAGGGCGCUGCAGGAUCUCAAGAAGACGGCCUUCAACCUUGAUGCCAGGACAGAGACGCUGGUGCUGAGAGCAGAGAGGAGGGCUCUGUGCGACUGUAUGACCACCAACUCGCUGCGCUGAGAUCUGCCCCCCACCACCAGCACCAGUGCACCCGAGGACACGUCCACCAGUCAUCAUUACCC